GGAGGUGAAGAGAGCGCCCGAGGGAGCGCGGGGCCGGCGGUGGCAGCAGCGGCAGCGGGGGCCCCGGCAACCCGCCAGCCAGCCCGCCCGCCCUGCGGCGGUGGCGGUGGCCUCCCUGGGCCAGUCCGGCGGCGUGCGUCUCUGCCCUUCCCCAACUGUCCGGGAAGGGGCCCGUAUCGUCGCCCUCGGCCCGGCCCGUCCCGUCCCCGCCUGGGCCCGUCGGGGCCCGCGCCGGGCUGCGCCUGCCCGCCCUAUGAGUGUGUCACUGGUUGUGAUCCGACUGGAGCUCGCGGACCACUCGCCCCUGCCUGCCGGCUUCGGCUUCAGCGCGGCCGCCGUUAGGGAAAUGUCUGAUGAAGAAAUCAAAGAAAAGACACUAGCUUCAGCUAAGGUCCAUUUAGAAGGAAAGGCACCAGUGGAGAAGGCAGCAAUUAUUCACCAACAUCUUGGCCGGCGAGAAAUGACAGAUAUGAUCAUUGAAACCAUAAAAUCUAACCCAGAUGAGAUGAAAGCUACAAUGGAAGAAAGAAAGUCUUCAGAGGCAUCAUCCUCUCCUGAGAAAAAUAGAAAUGGAGAUCACAGUAAAGAAGUUGCUCCAGAUUCUCCCUCUAAGCAACUUCCGGACCAGAUUUCAUUCUUCAGUGGAAACCCAUCAGUGGAAAUAGUUCAUGGCAUAAUGCACCUAUACAAAACAAAUAAGAUGACCUCUUUAAAAGAAGACGUCCGUCGCAGCGCUAUGCUGUGUGUCCUCACAGUCCCGGCUACAAUGACCAGUCAUGACCUCAUGAAGUUUGUGGCUCCUUUUAAUGAAGUCAUUGAGCACAUGAAAAUAAUCAGAGACUCUACUCCAAACCAGUAUAUGGUGCUGAUAAAGUUCAGUGCACAGGCUGAUGCAGAUAGUUUUUAUAUGGCAUGCAAUGGUCGACAAUUUAAUUCAAUAGAAGAAGAUGUUUGCCAGUUGGUGUAUGUAGAGAGAGCUGAAGUGGUGAAAUCGGAAGAUGGUGCCAGUCUCCCAGUGAUGGACCUGACAGAGCUCCCCAAGUGCACAGUGUGCUUAGAGAGGAUGGAUGAGUCUGUGAAUGGGAUACUUACCACGUUGUGCAAUCAUAGUUUUCAUAGCCAGUGUCUGCAACGCUGGGAUGACACUACGUGUCCUGUUUGCAGAUACUGUCAAACACCAGAACCUGUAGAAGAAAAUAAAUGUUUUGAAUGUGGAGUUCAGGAAAACCUCUGGAUUUGUUUGAUCUGUGGCCAUAUAGGAUGUGGACGAUAUGUAAGUCGGCAUGCUUACAAGCACUUUGAAGAAACCCAGCACACUUAUGCAAUGCAGCUAACUAAUCACCGAGUCUGGGAUUAUGCUGGAGAUAAUUAUGUUCAUCGAUUGGUUGCAAGUAAAACUGAUGGAAAGAUAGUACAGUAUGAAUGUGAGGGUGAUACUUGUCAGGAAGAGAAAAUAGAUGCCUUACAGUUAGAGUAUUCUUAUUUACUAACGAGCCAGCUAGAAUCUCAGCGAAUCUACUGGGAAAACAAGAUAGUCCGGAUAGAAAAAGAUACUGCUGAGGAAAUUAACAACAUGAAGACUAAAUUUAAAGAAACAAUUGAGAAAUGUGAUACUCUGGAGCAUAGACUCAAUGAUCUCCAAAAAGAAAAGCAAUCUGUGGAAAGAAAGUGCACACAGCUGAACGUAAAACUAGCCAAACUGUCCACUGAGCUCAAAGAAGAGCAAGAAAUGAACAAGUGUUUGCGAGCCAAUCAAGUCCUCCUGCAAAACAAGCUUAAGGAGGAGGAGAAAGUUCUGAAGGAGACUUGUGAUCAGAAGGACAUGCAGAUCACAGAGAUCCAGGAGCAGCUGCGGGAUGUCAUGUUCUACCUAGAAGCCCAGCAGAAAAUUAAUCACCUGCCAGCCGAGACCCGGCAGGAAAUCCAGGAAGGACAGAUCAACAUUGCCAUGGCCUCCGCUGCAAGCUCCCCUUCCAGCGGAGGUACAGGGAAGCUGCCCUCCAGAAAGGGCCGGGGCAAGAGGGGCAAGUGAGCCUCUUGUAAGCAAGCACUUGUGGCUAAGACAGUGGCCCCUGGCACCAAGAGGUGGUCAGGGGCUGCCAGCUCAAUGUGAGGUUGGUUACUGAAUAAGUAAGUACACCAAGUGAGGAUCAACAUGAAAUUGUUUGGAUCGUUUUUUUCCUAGUGUGUUGUUUAAUGAGUUAUAGGGGUUUAUUGACCAGGAUGGCUAAUGGGAAUUUAAAGGGUUUUUCUUUAAACUGUUCUAUUUAGCUAAUUUCUGACAUGUUUUAAUUACCAUUUUGCCUUCCAAAUUUACCCAAAACUAACUCUACAUUUUUCAGCUGUAUUUAUUGAGUUGGUAUAUUUCACACUUAAGUCCUGGGGUCAGUUUUUGAUAUUAAGAAAAAAUUUGAAACCUCAAGUGAAGAUUUCCUAGGCACUGGAGCACCAAAGGACCCUUGGAGCAGUAGCAGCUGCAAAGGUUAAGAAAACAGGCACAUUUGAGGCUGUACGAGCCAUUCGGUCGUUCCAGAAACAUUUGUCAGAAGUUGGUCCUGUUGGAUACUGAUGAGCAAAACUCCUUUCUAUCAGAUAUUGAUAUGUGUGCCCUGCUAAAGGGAAAUGGAAAGGCCGUCCUCUUUAAGGAAGUUUGAGAACCAGUCCUAGAUGCAUGUUACUGUAGCAUCUACUCCAGUUUUAGGAGUGGCCAGGGGGAAAAACAAACAAAACAAAAUUGAACAGAACACACUCACUAUGGACAUGACAAUUGCAUUUCCACUUUGUUUUGAGUUCAAAUAAUUUUGUUAUGACUCUGAAGUCUGAAGGUUUAGUGAUUGUUGCCCAGAGUCUUACUGACAGCUCCCUCCCUUAUAAGUGCUCUCGCUCCAGCAGAUGGGCAUUGAGUCACAUAAACUGACCAAGUAACUCAGCCUAGUUGGAUAUGUAAAUUAAGUGGGGGUAUAUGGGAUACCUGUCCUGCCAGCUGUGCUUUCUGCUGAGAUCAGUGCUGAUUAAAUAUUCAUAUAGGUUACAUUCUUUGUUGAGCUAGAGGCUAAAAUAAACUUCAGAAAGAAAAAAAUCUCCAAAGACUAAAUUGCCCUGAAUUGGACCAAAAUGAAUUUGACAUAGCCCCUUUAUAAGUGGUCUUUUUUUUUUUUUUUUUUUUUUUUUUUUUUUUUUUUUUUUUUUUUGACCUCCAGUGAUGGAUCAGAACCUCAAGCUAUAGUGUGACUUGUAUUUGGAUAUGCAGAGCAAAAUUUAAUUGAGAACAGUAUUGGCUGUUGGCCUUUGGGUUUGAGUAAAGCUAGCAGAGUAAAUUACAUAGCAAAUACUGUUAGGUCCUGAAUUUUUUUUUUUAAUGCAACAGUUAAUCAGUUUGUCUCUAAAUUCUCACAUUUCAAAAUUAUUUUUUGAUGGUGAUUGGUCUACAUCAUCACUUUUUUCUUCAGAAUCUCAUCUACAGCUUAGUGUACCAGCUGCAUUUUUCCUCUUUGUUCUUCUGACUUGCUGCUGUAGCAUCUCUGAGGAACUUUCUCACAUAAAUGUUCUUACACAUUCUCAGUCCUUUGCUACUAUAGACCUACUAGACAGGUUGAUUUGGCCUUAGGUACAGAUUUAUCUUAAAACCUUAGUCAGCGUGUAAAACAGAGUCAAAUUCUCUCUCCUAUAGAAAUUCUAUUUUAUUUAAAAUAUAUUUUUACACUAGAUAGAAUCCUGCUUUUUGGCCAAGAGCUUGUGUUGCAUGUUUGACCUUUCAGGAGCUGGAAUAGUGAUCUAAUUAAGAGAAUUAGAAUUAGUUUAGGAGUGUGCAGUAUCCUUUCUACAAGCUCACCACACCAUAAAAUAAGAAAAUAACCAGGUGGGAAAGCAGUGAUUCUUUUUUUUUUUCCAGAAGGGGUGGAACUAAGUAAUAUGAGGCUAUAACAGGGAAAUAAACAAAAAAAAAAGGUAAUGAUUGGAGGGAAAGAUGUUUUAUCAAGGUAGCUAUCAUAAAGUCUUAACUAGACAAAGUAUAUUUUUUAAAAUUGUUUGUUUUGAAAUUCAUGUAUUUUGAAUUUAACUGAGUUUCACAAGGGGGAGAUGGAGGGAGGGGGAGCAUUUGUAAGAAGGGAAGCUGCUACUGCAUUUUCCAAGUUGAAAAUGGGCCACUUACCAUCCCCACACUACCCUGAACGGGGAAAUUGCAUUAAAAUUGCUCAGCUUUGGAAUGA